ACUCCCUCUUUCGACACCCCCUUCUCCGAUGCAUCUUACACACACACACACACACACACACAUCCGCCUCUGAAGCAUCAGCCAGUUCAUUCCCACAACGGUCAUGCUAUUAUCUUUUCCCAUCCACCAAAUUUGAUCAUCGAAUCAUGUCUCUGCGGCGUCAAGACUAAACGAACACAGCCAAGCCCCCCAUAACCACCAUGCCCAGCCCAACCGCCUCCCGCACGCCCGUAGCCAUGGGCAUCGCAGCCCCAGUGCUCGUGCUUGUCGCUUUCGCAGCAGCCGUGGCCGUGGCCGUCGUCGCGCUCGCUGACGAAGAGUCAGUCUUGCUUUCGCUCUUCGAACUCGACGUUGCACUCGACGCUGAACUCGAUGCCGUCGUGAGGGUUGUGGAUAUCACGGAUGGUCGUGAGGUAGGAGUGGCGGAUGAUGGGGUAGCGGUUGAGGGCGUGGCGGAUAGCGUGGCGGAUGUUGGGGUCGCAGCGGUCGGGGAGGACUCGGCGGACGUACCUGCUGAGGCCUGGGAGACGGUGGCCGGGACCGGGGUGAAGGGCUUGCCCCAGGAGGAGGUUGUGGAGGCCGAGGCGAGAGCGAGGGGGCCCAGGGCCAUGAGGAGGGUUGUGAGACGCAUUUUGGCGGCUUUUGAUUCUUUUUCGGCUGGAUGCUCAAGAUUGGUGAGGUUUGAGAAGUGGGUUUUGGAGAGAGCUUGAGUGGUAGAGGGUGGAUGAGGGUGGAUAUUGGUAGGUAGAGUCGUGAACGAUGGAUGGUAGAUAUAUUAAGUAUCGCUAACACCGCAACCAAUGUGCUUGAGAAGUUGAAGAGAAGAAAAGCAAACCGAAACAGCGCAGUCGACACCCAUAAAUAUACAUGCCACCAUCCCAAUCCCGGUCCCGACGCCAGGUAUCAAGCA